AUGCUGCGGGGCGGCCCGGGCCCGCUGCUGGUGCCGGUGGCGGGGAAAGGGGGGAGCAGCCCCGGGGGGGCGGCGGUGGUGGGACCCCCCGGGGCUGCGCGGGUGGCGGCGGGGAGUUUGCUGGCUUUGCUCAUCCUCUGGACGCUGUUUGGGAACGUUUUGGUGUGCGCGGCCAUCGUCCGCUACCGGCAUCUCCGGAGCAAAGUCACCAACAUCUUCAUCGUGUCCCUGGCUGUCUCGGACCUGCUGGUGGCUCUGCUGGUCAUGCCCUGGAAGGCGGUGGCUGAAGUGGCUGGGUACUGGCCUUUUGGGGCUUUUUGCGACGUCUGGGUGGCCUUUGAUAUCAUGUGCUCCACGGCUUCCAUCCUGAACCUCUGUGUGAUAAGUGUGGACAGGUACUGGGCUAUUUCCAGCCCGUUCCGCUACGAGAGGAAGAUGACCCAACGCCUGGCCCUGGUGAUGAUCAGCGUGGCCUGGGCUUUGUCUGUGCUCAUCUCCUUCAUCCCUGUCCAGCUCAACUGGCACAAAGGUGGGAAUGUUGUCUCUGCUGGUGAUCUAGGAGAUGGAUUUGGCACUGGCUGGGCAGCAGCAGGUGCUGUCACCACCUGGGCAGAGGAUGUGGGCACCACAUGGGUGGCGUUGGCAGCAAUGACAUCCUCUGAUGGGACCUCUGGCAGCAACGAUACCUUCACGGGACCAUUGGAGAGCUGUGACUCCAGCCUCAACAGGACUUACGCCAUUUCCUCCUCCUUGAUCAGUUUUUAUAUCCCUGUGGCUAUCAUGAUAGUUACCUACACCCGAAUCUACCGCAUCGCCCAGGUGCAAAUCCGUCGGAUCUCAUCCCUGGAGAGGGCAGCUGAACAUGCACAGAGCUGCCGGAGCAGCCACCUUGACUGCCACCACCACACCAGCCUCAAAUCCUCCAUCAGAAAAGAGACCAAGGUGUUGAAGACUCUCUCUGUCAUUAUGGGUGUCUUUGUCUGCUGCUGGCUGCCCUUCUUCAUCCUGAACUGCAUGGUUCCCUUCUGUGAGAGCCCACCCAGUGACCCCCACGCUGGCCUUCCCUGUGUCAGUGAGACCACCUUUAAUAUCUUUGUCUGGUUUGGUUGGGCCAACUCUUCUCUCAACCCCAUCAUCUACGCCUUUAACGCUGACUUCCGAAAGGUCUUCUCCAACCUCCUGGGAUGCGGUCACUUUUGCUCCAGUACUGCAGUGGAAACUGUCAAUAUAAGCAACGAGCUCAUCUCUUACAACCAGGACACCCUUUUCCAUAAGGAGAUGGUGACUGCUUAUGUUAACAUGAUCCCAAACGUGGUGGACUGUGAAGAAACCCGUGAGGACCCUUUUGAUAGGAUCUCCCAGGUCUCCCCUGAGCAGGAGGUUGCCACUGACUCUGCCUGUGAGCUGGACUGCGAGGGGGAGAUUUCCUUGGGCAAAAUAACACCUUUCACUCCAAAUGGUUUACAUUAA